AUGUCGUACCAACCUGCCACCGAUGCCAGCAUCCGCCAGCUGAAGGGCACGGUGCAGCAGCGCAAGCUGGCCGGUCAGGCCAUCACCCGCCUCGAACUGGAGCGCGACAUGCUGCGCGGCAUGAAGGCGCGUUGGGAAUUCUACGCCAAGCAGGUGGUAUCCCUGGUGUGUACCUACCGGGAUGACCUCCACGUCUACCUCUUGCUGGAGGUGGCGUCCGGCGGAGAUCGUGGCGGUUCUACCACCAGCAGGGCCACCGAGGGAACCUGCCCGCCCUGGCGUUCCAUGUGGCGUGCUUAA